AUGGACAAGAGUGGCUAUGGUUUUGAUGCAAGAUCAUGUAAUUCACUACUUAGAGAAAUCACCUUCCAAGCUUGGGAGCUAUUUGGAGAACCUGCCAAAGCUAAUGGAUCCUUGGCUGUUGACCAGUGGACUGUGGAUGCUGAAGAUGAUAAUAAUAAUGGAUCAGGGAGUGAUGAAGCAUAUACUCCUGAACAUGCUGAGAAUGAUUCAGACACUAUUGCUCCUAGAUACCCACCACUUGUAGGCUCUAGUUUCAGCAUUAAACGAAAGAAUAAGUCAUCGCCUUGGAAGAAGCAUGUAAAGGAUAAAGCAAAACGUGCUAGAACAACAGGGGAUGAUGAAAUAGCUAGAAGUAUUGCCAUGCUUGCCAAAUCCAUUGCAUCAAGUUGCCCUGCAACUAUAGAUCCGUAUGCUGAUCUUUGGAAGCGUAUUGAGGAUAUCCCUUUCCCACCAAGGGACAAAGGUUGA